ACAAAUUGGGUAAUUUUUUUUGUUUUGUUCCUAUUACGUUAUUUCCAUAGCUUAGUUACUCCAAACUCACUCGAUCACUUUGCGCACGGCAAAGACUGCGAAGACUUCAACCGAAAAAAAAAAUGCCGACGAAUUUAAAUUUCGAAAUGGCUAGAAGUCUAGUUGGAUUUACGGUUCUUUUACUGUUUUUAUCGAUCUGCGAAUCCGCUUCGUUUUUUCAGCCGAUCUCCGAUUCUCAUCGAUCUGCCGCUGUUGAGCUCUUCAGUCCAGACCAUGGAUCCUUAAAGAGUUUGGAAGAGACGUACGAAGCACUAAGAACAUUUGACGUUCUUGGAAUUGAAAAGAAGCCUGAUGUAACCGCAACAGCUUGCCGUUUAGUUUCGGAAACUGUUGGGUCAUCAUCUUCAACCCUAAAGGAUGUUUUCUAUGCUUUAAAAGCAAAUAGCAUUGUGAAAUGCAAGAUAAAUGACAAAGCUUAUCAGGGCAUUAUUACAAGACUUAAUGCUGCUGUCGAUGGUGCAAGUUCAUUGCCUGACUUCUACUAUUCAGUAGGAGGUCUGGUGCUUGUCAAGGGCUCCAAAGGUGAUGUUCAUCUUGCUGAUGCUGAUGGAAUUUUCCGCUCAGUCAAGGCUUUCCGCCAGAGUGAUGGCAGGUGGCGCUCUAGUUCUAGUAAUCCUGAAUCUAGUGCCUUUGCUGCUGGAAUAGCACUUGAAACACUUGCAGGAGUUGUUUCAUUAGCAUCUCCUGAACUUGACCAAUCUUUGAUCAGCACUCUAAAUAAUGAUAUAAGCAAGCUUUUUGACAGUAUUGAGAAAUAUGAUGAUGGGGCUCUUUACUUUGAUGACAAGCUUGUUGAUGGACAUGACCAUCAAGGUCCCUUAGCAACCACCUCAUCUGUUGUUAGAGGACUAACAGCAUUUGCAGCAGUAACUGAUGAAAGACUUAAUAUUCCCAGCAACAAAAUACUUGGAUUGGCUAACUUCUUCCUUGGCAUUGGAGUUCCUGGCGAUGCCAAAGAUUUAUUCAAUCAAAUAGACUCCUUGGCUUGUUUGGAAAGCAACAGGGUUUCCAUCCCACUGAUCCUAUCACUUCCAUCUACAGUGCUUUCGGUGACUAAAGAAGACUUACUCCAGGUUAAUGUUAACACUGUGCUUGGUUCAAAUGCACCACCUCUAACAGUGAAGCUUGUGGGGGUUUUUACUUCUGGUUCAAAGGCUGCAUCUCUAGUUGAAAGCCAAGAACUAGUGUUUGAUGAUGGAACUGGAAUGUAUAACAUGAAAAACUUGCCCAAGAGUAUAGAUGUUGGAAGUUACACAUUUGUUUUUGAGAUUGUGCUUCAUGAACUUGAGCAUGAAAAGAUUUACAUCACGGGAGGCCAAAAAAAGGUACCUAUAUUUGUCUCAGGACUUAUCAAAAUCGAAAAUGCUGAAAUUGCAGUACUUGACAGUGAUCUUGGGAGCAUAGAAACACAGAAAAAGCUAGAUUUAGCUGGACAAAAUGCUGUGUCAUUAUCAGCAAACCAUCUACAGAAGCUGCGUGUAUCUUUUAAGUUGACAACUCCUCAUGGACUUGCUUUUAAGCCACAUCAAGCUUUGCUCAAGUUGAGACAUGAAAGCAAGGUUGAGCACAUCUUUGUGGUUGGAAACUCUGGAAAACAGUUUGAGAUAGUUCUAAAUUUUCUUGGACUUGUUGAGAAGUUCUUCUAUCUCUCAGGUAGAUAUGACAUUGAGCUUGCAGUUGGAGAUGCUGUUAUGGAAAACUCUUUAUUACUAGCUAUUGGGCAUAUUGAGUUAGAUCUGCCAGAACCUCCAGAGAAGGCAACCCGCCCUCCUCCUCAGCCUGUUGAUCCUUACUCAAGAUAUGGGCCCAAAGCAGAAAUAACUCACAUCUUCAGGGCUCCUGAAAAGCGUCCCCCUAAGGAGCUUUCUCUUGCUUUCCUGGGUCUUACCUUCUUGCCAUUGCUUGGAUUCUUGAUUGGGCUAUUACGAUUGGGAGUGAAUUUGAAGAACUUUCCUUCCAAUGCUGUACCAGCCACGUUUGCCACACUUUUCCACGUCAGUAUUGGAGCAGUUCUGUCGCUCUAUGUGCUCUUCUGGUUGAAGUUGGAUCUAUUCCAAACACUGAAACUACUUGGUUUCUUGGGAGUUAUCCUUGUGUUGGUUGGCCGUAGAGUCCUUUCCCAUUUGGCUUCUACAUCUGCCAAGCUUAAAUCUGCCUGAGUUGAUUGAAGAUUAAUUCCUAUUCCUUUGCAAGCGUUGCUUGCUUCAAGAUUGUUUUCCUCUUCUCUUUUGGUUAGCAGAUUUUUCUUCGGUCAUUUUUAACUCAAAAUUUUGGUAGGGCUUAUUUUCUCGAUUCAAGUCAAUCUGUUACGUCAAAGAAAAAGAAAAAUAUUGCUACUCCAAA